AGCUGCGGCGCAGGCCCCGCCCCAGUGUCGCGUGCUCUGCAGUGUUCGUGGGCGGCUGCCAUUGGCUCUGUGAGCUCCUCCUGUCUCUCCGCCGCCGCUGCCAUCGGUAUUGCUAUCGCCAUCAUGUGCGAGCCCAGCAAGCAGGACAUCGCCGCCAUCUUCAAGCGGCUCCGCUCCGUUCCCACUAACAAGGUGUGUUUUGACUGUGGAGCUAAAAAUCCUAGCUGGGCAAGCAUAACGUAUGGUGUUUUUCUUUGUAUUGAUUGCUCGGGGACUCAUCGAUCUCUUGGUGUUCACUUGAGUUUCAUUCGGUCUACAGAAUUAGAUUCCAAUUGGUCUUGGUUUCAGUUGAGAUGCAUGCAAGUUGGAGGAAAUGCUAGUGCUUCUGCUUUUUUCCAUCAACAUGGGUGCUCAACAAAUGAUACCAAUGCCAAGUACAAUAGCCGAGGUGCCCAGCUUUACAGGGAAAAAAUUAAAUCUCUUGCAGCACAAGCCACAAGGAAGUAUGGUACUGAUCUGUGGACAGAUGGCUGUGGAAUUCCACCUUUAUCCCCCCAACACAAAGAAGAAGAUUUUUUUGCAUCACAUGUUUCGCCUAAGAUAAAUAACUCAGAGUGGGUGUCUUCACAACCAGAGCCAGUUUCUCUAAUGCAGAGUUCUUCAGAAAUCACUACAGACAGUAAUGAAGGUGCAGCAGAACAUGGCCCAAGCGUUGAUUGCCUCAGUGUGUCGCCGAAAGUUGCAUUAGAGGGCGGCACCUCCAUUAUAAAAAAGAAGCCAAAUCAAGUUAAAAAAGGGCUCGGUGCCAAAAAAGCUGGUUUGGGAGCACAGAAAAUGAGCAGCCAGAGUUUUAAUGAGUUUGAAAAGCAAGCGCAAGCUGUAGAUAAAUUGAAAGAACAGGAGGGUCUGCCUAUCAGUAAGAGAAGUGAGAAGGAAGAACCACUAGUAUUAUCUUUACGAUUGACCUACAAGGAUCUUGAAAUUCAAAGGAAAGAUGAAAAAUUAAAUCUGACUGGUAAAAAGAAAUAUGAGAUAGAAAGACUUGGCAUGGGAUUUGGCAGCAACAGAAGUGGCGUUUCUCAUUCUGUUGUCUCAGACAUGCAAACGAUAGAGCAAGAAACACCCACAGUUGCAAAAACAAAGAAAAAAUACGUCGAUGAAGGGGAUGAUUCAUACUUCUCUUCCUCUAGUUCAAGGUACUAUGAUUCUGCAGAGCUGAGCAGCAGCACUUUUUCUAAGUGGGAUGAUAAUUCAGAUUCUUUUUGGAAGAAGGAGAGUAAUAGAGAUGCUGACAUAAUACUAACUUCAAAAAUUACAGGCUAUUCAGACAGGCCUGCAUCGCGUCGUAAACCUGAAUACGAGUUGCCUUUAAACACAGAUGAGGCGCAAAAAAAGUUUGGCAAUGUCAAAGCUAUUUCAUCAGACAUGUAUUUUGGAAAGCAAGACCAUGCAGAUUAUGAAGCUAGGGCUCGAUUAGAGAGACUUUCUGGAAGCUCCUCUAUAAGUUCAGCUGACUUGUUUGAAGAUCAGAAGAAGCAGCCAACAGGAACUUACAAUAUUACAAAUGUUCUGCCUUCAGCUCCUGAUAUGACUCAGUUUAAACAAGGAGUAAAAUCUGUGGCAGGAAGACUUUCUGUUCUUGCUAAUGGAGUCAUGACAUCUAUACAGGAUCGCUAUGGUUCUUAACCAGUUGCAUAUUGGUACACUAAGGAAGAGUUUCUCUUCAGACAUGUCAUUAAUCCCAUUGCUGAUUUCAAAUGAAGGCUGCCUUAGGGCUGUAGAAUAUUUUACCAUUCAUUUGGCUAUCUUUGUGUCCCAUAUGACUUUUUGGCGCUUAGCAUUUUUUUUCACUGUUAGUUUAUUUUAAGAAGCAAAAUCCUUGUAAUAGAUUGUUACAGCACUUAUUCUUUUGUUUCUUUAUAAUGUUUUAUCACUUAGUGCCCUUAGCAUUAUGUAAAGAACAUUUUUCUCUCUAUUUGCAAGUUUGCUGUAGACUGUGGAUAAGGCACUUAAAUUGAAAGAUGAGAUUUCUGGAUAAAAAUCUUUGCAUGUCUCUAGUUAUCUUUAGUUGCAAUAUAAACUUGGCUACCGACUUUUGUGGCCUUUGGAGAAGUUUUAAGUAAGACAUGCAUUGAGAUGGUGUUUAGUAAAUUAUAGCAAAGUAUAGGAAUUGAUUUGGAACUGUCAGGAAAUAGCUCUUAAUUAAUUAGCUCUGGAUGAAAAUGACAGGACAAUAGGAUCUUAAAGCACUAUUCCCUGUAGAAAAUCUUAUGCUUAGUAUGAGAUUUGUGGCCUAUAGAUACUUAGGGUUUAAGUACCAGAUUUUCAUUUAGUCACGGGAACUAUUUAUUCAUAACUGAGAAUUAUUAAAAAUAGCAAGAGACUCAAGUACUUUUAAACAAUCAAUCUUAUGUACAAAUAAACAAAAAUUGAAGGAAAUAUAAUUUCUGGGCCAAAUAGAGUAGAUAACUGUAUAUUUAGUUUGUUACAUAUUUUUAGUAUAAUCUUAAAGGGUUUUUUUGAUAAAUUACGAAGUAUAUGAAUAAGAAAUGUAGUGGGGCUUCUUUUUAGACGGGCUAGACCUUGACAAAAAUAUGUAUUAUAAAUUUUAUGUACCUAAAAAAAUCAGAAGUUUAGUUCUAGCUGAUUCUGUUCUGUAGCUUUAUUACUUAAACAAUUCUCAAAUUUGUAAUCUGCUCAUACUAAUAAAAACAUUGAAAUACCUA